GCAAGAGAUCAAAUAAUCGAAGAGAGAGUAAAGCGAAAUGGCAGCAUUGGGUGGUGUUCGUGAGGUUGAAGGAAACCAGAACAGCCUUGAGAUCGACAAUCUUGCUCGUUUCGCCGUCGACGAGCACAACAAAAAAGAGAAUGCACUUCUGGAGUUUGGGAGGGUUAUAAACACAAAAAAGCAGGUGGUUGCUGGUACCUUGUACCACAUCACGCUGGAGGCAACGGACGGUGGGAAGAAAAAUGUUUAUGAAGCCAAGGUUUUGGAGAAGCCAUGGUUGAACUCAAAGGAGGUGCAGGAUUUUAAGCUCGUGGGUGAUGCCCCUUCGGUGUCUAGCACUUAGCAAGGUGGGGUAUGGCUUGAACGCAGGGCGGAGAUAUCAGGAUAUGAAAUAUAUUAACCAUCUAUGGUUAAAAUAAAUGUAACUUAAUUGAUACUCAAAUCUUCCACUUUACAUUUUGAUAUGCAUCACUGGUCCCCCUGUUCUCAUGGUAACCAUUAUGUGUUUGGUGCAUCACUAUUCAUAUGUAAACAAAAUAUAUAAACCAUUGAGGCUCCGUUCCGUUUCUACGCGAAACAUAUGAAAUAUCAGAAAAAUUUUAA